UUUUCCUCAUGCAAUUUUCAUAGUCCGGGCGCGAUUAUUCAACAAAUUUAAAAAAAAAUGUUAAAACGUAACAUAAAUCCGAUUCUUUACCGGUCGCUGUUUACGACGGUCCGGUGGCGCAACCGGGACGACAUGCAGGACCCCAAGCUGGCCCACAUCAAGGAGAAGAUCGAGGCGGACAAGCAGCGGCUCCGGUGGCGAACUCCGUACUCGGACCGUCCGGAGGAGUUUCAGAGCACGUUCAAGCUGUUUUCCUCCAGCAACCGGAACUCGGAGCUGGUCGAGCUGAUGCAGCAACCGGUCGAUUUGUCCCCGUCGGCGAUUAAAAACUGGUGGACGCGGAGGCGAUCUGGGAUUGAGGCGCACAUGCAAAAGUUUAUUCCGGAGCGGCACGCGACGUUGGGGGAUGAUCUGGCCGCGGCACAUUUUGUAGUCCAUCGGGGUGGUUCCGUGCGCUUUCGCGGCCAACAAAAAUGGAUCAAAAUGGACGAAGAGGAAAAUUACGAACUCCCCACGAAUUACGUGCCCAAUCUGGUGCUGGAAGAGGUCAAGUGUGACAAUAUGGUUCUUUUCUACGAGGGUCUCGAAAACAUCCGCCGGCUGCGGCAUUUAACGCACCUGUCCUUUGAGAAUGUGGCCAAGUUUGACGAUUGGUGCCUGGAUCGGGUUUCCGGGUCUUAUUUUCCCGCGCUUGAGGUGUUAAAUUUGAAGGGAACCGUCGUGACGGAGCGCGGUUUGAACAGCCUGUACCGGUUGCCAAGCUUGAAGACCGUUCUCGUCGAUAGUCCGGAGAAAAAUAUCUCGUGGAAGUUGACCAUUGCGCUGCUGGAAGAGUGGAAUCCGAAGCUGGAGGUUAAAAAUGUUUGAAAUUGGUUCUAGUCGAAAUGAAUUGUGAUUAAACAUCUUUAGAAAAGAAUAAAAAGUUAUCAAUUA